AUGCAACCAAUUGAACAAUAUUAUUCAAUGCCUAGCUAUAGUCGUGUAUAUACUGAUUAUGCAGCUAUUGGACUUGCACAAGGUCAAACAUCCAUUAUUACAGCACCAUCAAGUGCUACAUCACUUUAUUAUCCCACCGUAUUCCAAGGUGCUGUAACAGCACAUGAAUGGCAACGUCCUAUGGAACACUAUCAACAAUAUCAGCAACAGCAACAACGUGCUAGCGCAUUACAGUAUCCACAAGAUGUAUCACAAUCACAACAACAACAACAACAACAAACACAACAACAACAACAACAACAACAAUCACAACAACAACAACAACAACAACAACAACAACAGCAACAACAACAACAACAGCAACAACAACAACAACAAGAAACUCGGGUAUAUAAAAAUGCGGUUGAAAUGCCAUCACCGGUAGAUAGUGGUAUUGGUGCUGAUUUAUCUUUAAUUGCAACAAAAAAUGAUGAUUUUUAUACGACAACUGAUGUAUUACAUGGUAUUCAAUCAGCUACAAAUGAUCGAACUGAACGUUCAUUAAGUCAUCGUGAUUCACCAAUUAUCAUCCCAAAAUUGUUCGUUUUAAUUAUUUAA